AUGAAAUCACUCUUGAUUUCCCUGCUCCUUCUGGCUCCUGCCGUUUUGUGUGAUCCUCGCUCUCCCUGGAAAAUCCAUCUCGAGACUGUCAACAGACAGAGAAGUAAAUUCGCUGAAAAGUACCAAGUUGCCAAUAGGAAUGAACUCACCUACGAUCCGAAACUGGAGAAGAAGAUUUUGGAACAACUCGCUUUUACUGAUACCUGGAAGUCGGUGAUGUAUGACUUAGUAUCUGCAGUUGGAAAGAAAACAAUGGCUAGUUACAUCUCAACUUGUAUGAAGACAGGAGUUCGUAUCAUCAGUGCCGUGACUGAUUCUUCUGACACUCCAGCUAUCUCUGGUCCCCCAGCCUCCCAAUGCCCGGAUGGUAGUUUCCCCAAUGGUAAUCUGUGCAAUCUGAAGAAUAAUCGUGACGGCUAUGUCCGAAAAGGAUGGUUUGAUCCUAUCGGUUUAGCUGUCGAAAUUCUAGCUAAAAAGACCGAUGAGGUUUAUGAAGAUGCAAAAGAGGAAGCUGGCAAAGUUCUCGUCGGCACUGCAGAAAUCUUGGAUGGAUGA